CACGGGGGAUCAUCAUGGGGACAUUUACCCCAGUGAUAUAUAAAGCUUUCUUUUCCUCACGAGAGGAAUAUAUAAUGUUAACAUUCUUGUCACGUGAUGCGUUUUGACCAAUCAUGGACACUGUAAUAAACAUGGUAGAUUAUAAAAUUAUUUAUGUUGUGUUUGACGUGUGUUUCGAUCUACCCAGAAUAACAGAUUAUCUUACGUAUAUACCUUUACACUAUACCUGCUAUACUAUAUUUCUGAUAUGGAAUCUUCAAAUCUGCUCCUGUAAAUUCUGUUAUUUUCAUAACGUUUUUUUCUUGCAGGAUGUCACGUCGUCUUUGACAGAGGUACAAAUCGCCGAGCUUAAAGAGGUCUUCAGUUUCUACGACAAGAAUUGUGAUGGUUUUGUGGACCUGGGAGAUCUUGGACCUAUGAUGAGAUCGAUGGGCCUUAAUCCCUCUGAGAAGGAAAUACUCGCUUACACCGAGCAAUUUAAUCAAAGACAUGAUAAGAAUGUAGACUUUCGGGACGCCUUGGAAGUUGUGGUAGACAUGUUAUCAUGCCCACUGGAGACAGAGGAGAGUCUGAGAGAGGCGUUCCGAGUACUUGACAGAGAUGGAAGCGGAUACGUCAGCUGUGCUGAGCUAACACAAAUGAUGACGUCAAAGGGAGAGAGGUUAUCAGAUGAUGAUGUCAAAGAGAUGAUGCUGGAGGCUGACGAUGGAGAAGGGCACAUCAAAUACGAAGAGUUCGUCCGGCUGAUUCUAGGGAAAGAGCUGAGAUACGUCAGCGGCGCUUGUCGGGGUGAUUUUAAGAUGGAAUUAAACACUAUAUCUAAUAACAAUGUAAUGAUGGACCGGGAAUAGUCGACAUUGCUCUAUAAAGCGUUCAUACUCCCUAGAGAGAUCACUGUCGAGGGCGUGUUUGAAACCAGACCCGGAUAUCCUGCCUAUGUUACUGUGGACACUAUCGAUACAUCAUAAUGCACCAUUUAUGUAAUUGAUUUGUUCCACUAUCCACAAGGCUCAGAGGGAGCGCGUUACAGACUAUUAUGCCAAGGUCCCAUAUCAACGAAGCUCGUCCUUCAAACAGCAUCACACCUCUUAGCAACGCUGGUAGCUUCAAACUGCCUGCGGGUUCCAUUCUGUGGUUUUACUGAUUAUACGUUUCAAAGAAAUUUCAGCACAAAAAAAAACUGGUUUUCAUAUUAGUAGGAAAAGGGACGUUUUUUCUCCAUACCUUUAUAGUAUUUGAAAAUCUGUUGUCUCCAUAUACAUAAUGCUAAAUAAAUUAAUUUGUAUUAUAUAUAUGGACAUAUUUGUUGUUGGUUGGGUGAGUGAUUGGUGGUCUUGUUGUUAGACGACACGAGGGGAUCAGUAGUCGAGACUUCCGCUGGCCUAAAUCCCCGUCUGAUGAGACAUGUCCUAUUUAGGUCCCCAGGGCCGGACAGCUCCAUCGGUCGGACAUGGACGCCGCGGUGUCCUCUACCGUCCAAUGUCGUAAAUCAUA